AUGGCCAUUGCCUCUACAACUCUCGUCAUUCGUCUUUGCCUGUUCCCGCUUAUCAUCGACCAGCGUCGAAAAUUGGCGUCUUACACCAAUGCAAUGCCGAAAAUCAUGGCCCUUCAGGAUCGGAUGACGAAAGCGCGUAUAUCUUCGAAUUAUAUAGAGAUGAUGCAAGUUUCACAGCAGAUGCAACACCUUAUGAAAACGGAGGAUAUUAACCCCUUGCGUAGCAUGCGGCUCAUGAUUGUUCAGGUGCCCCUAUUCCUCUCGGUGUUUGCCGGUUUGCGCGGCAUGGCCGCGCUUCCCGUAGUCAGCAUGCAAACUGGUGGUCUGGCUUGGUUCACUGAUCUCACCCUCUGCGAUCCAUUCUACAUUCUCCCGCUCUAUAGUAUGACUUCCAUCUUCUUGAUGUUCGAGGUACCAUUUUGCCUUCCUUCCUUGCUGUGUACUUGUCCUUUUCUGCGGUUUAUUACGUGCGCUUUUAAAGUCUCGUUGAGGGAGCGGCUGAACAAAAAAGAAAGCUGCGGUAUUUCUUUUAAAAUGGGCAAAACAGAGGAGGAAGUAAUGACAAUUUUUAUGUUCCUUAAUGUGCAUCUUAUCGCCUAUAUUGGACUUGCUAUCAAGCCGUCCGAAUGCAUCACCCAACCGUUGAAGACUGGUUUCGUGCCUACUCAAGCAGUCUUAUUAUCCGGACCACAAAGUCUCUACUUCCACCAUGCGGCGCCAGGCUUCGGCUCUGUACCCAUCCACGGGCUCGUUGGCUUGGGUGACGAUCUGGUUUUGGGCUCACUACGCAUAAUUCGCGUGACUGCCUCCUUAUUUUGUGGUAGUAAGCACGUCUUUAUCACCCCACAGUUUGGGGCCGACGUCUCUUCGCAAAACAUGACGCCGACAAUUAAGACGAUGAUGCGGAUUUUCCCGGUUGUCGGCUUCUUCAUGAUCAUGCAUAUGCCAGCGGUACGUUUGCUAAAACUGCUCGCUUUGUCUCUCCUCUACCAUAGUGUCCCUUACUCGCUCGUCACGGUGUGCCGAUACUAUUGCUUCCAGUGUGCAUUGACGCCGUGUCUCGUGGUUUCUCUUUGCACUGCAACUUCGGUUAACGAGUGUAAUCGGUUCCAGCACCGAGCUCGUCUUGCGAAACGUAGCCAAUCAAACGGCACCAGUUCGCUGAUUGGCUGCAGGCUACCGAGGGCCCACGCCCUGGGAAAAAGACUCAACGGCGGACACGGGUACACACACGCAAUGACAGCUCGUUGA